AUCCCUCCAUCCGAUUCCAGAAGCUUCACUCCACCAUCUGCUCCCAAUUUCCAAUUGCAUUUCUCUGUUCCGUCACUUUGGCAACUACACCAUUUUAUCUACCUUUUUACUCCAUCUCCACCAUGUACUACGCCCGUCUGCUUUGCGAUCCAUUUACAGGAGGUUCAAUCUUCUUAGCGAUUUCUGGUCCUUGUAUUUGAAACUCAACCAUUUUAGAUAGAAUACUAUUCCAUCUCCCACAGCCCGCAGGCGAUUCUUGUAAAUCGCUCAAGCUUAUGGUUUGACGACUUAGUCUGUGUUGGUUUUUCAAUACCUAAUGCAGAUCGGUUCGGGUAGCACAAUACUUCACUCUCUAGGUUGGAUCGGGCAUCCAAGAGUUCAUACAUGUAUGAAGUUGUGGCUAAUCUCCAAUGACUUACCUUGUAUGACCAACCUGUCAUUUAAGGUGUUGGAUUUGCUAGAUAUAAUUGCUACAUGCUAUAUAUUUUAAACUCAUAUUCCAUUCUGAGAACAUCAGCGUAGGCAGUAUCCUUUUCUUCCUCCUUAAGGCAGUAUCCUUGAGUCAUAAGGCAGUUCCACUCUUCCUGAUGCCUAAGGUCUUCCUCCUUAGAAGAUUCAUUCCUGCAAAAAAACUCCCACAAAAUCUGCAUACAGUGGAUUAUAGAUAGCUGUGGAAUGGGGUCAUCAACAAGAAAAAUGGUCAGAAAUUGGGCAAAGACAAAAUUUCAUUUUCUCAAAGAAAUGAAAUUAAUGAGUUGAACAAAGAAUCAUCUGAAAUGUCAAGUGCUGAAAAGAUUACACAUUGUGAUGGAUCAAUUGACUUUGCUAAAAUUCCAUCCCUCUGAUACACUUAAGGAAGGCGAUGUGAUUGCAUAUCGGCUGCUUAAGUUAUCAUCCAACUGGACUGCUGAGCUCUCCCCGUACCAUGUUGGCAAAGUAUCAUCAUUCAAUUCUGAAUCAAGUAGAGCUUCACUGAUGCCAGUUGCCGGAUAUCCAUUUUAUUCCAAAAAGUCAGGUGAAGACGAAUGCAUAAUGCAACCUGAUAGUUCUCUUUAUAAAGAGGAUGGAUCAUUGGAGAUAGAUUUGUCAUCACUUGUUGAUGUUCGUGUUGUAAAAACCACCACAUUUAACCCUUCAAAAGAAGUUUCUAUUUGGACUGGUGCUGGUGCCUCCAGCAACACAUUAGCAGUAUCAAGUGGCUCUAGUGAUAAGCAAACGCCUACUUUUCCUGAAAAUGGGGAAGUAAACCAUGAAAAACAAAUGCAUACUUGCAGCAGAGAAAGUGGAGUGAACCUUUUGGAACAACUCAGCUAGGCUUUAUCUGCGAAAAAGGAACAACUUCCUCAACAAAGUAGUUGGGGUAAGAAGGUGACUCCAGGCAAGAUUUCAUGCUCAUAUGGCCUAGAAAAAAAGGGUUUCUCACGAUGGAAAAAUAAGAGAUGAAUGGUAAACACCAAUGGUAUUCUAUGCUCUGGUAUGCUCCAUCACUUGCAACCUGCGUGACCGAGGAUGAACUAGUUUCACAGCCCAAAACACAACUACCCAGAACCAAAGUUUUAAUGUAUUGUGUAUUCAUGUGAUCUAGUUGCCCCAACAUGAACAAAAGAACAUUAUAGAUAUGCAUAUAUUUAUAUAUAUUUAUCCAAGUGUGUGGUUUUGUUUCUC